AUGAAGGAGUCUGAAUCAGUUUCAGAUUAUACUUCAAGAUUGCUAGCAGUAGUAAAUGAAAUGAAAAGAUUUGGUGAGACAAUAAGCGAUGAGCAAGUAGUAGAAAAGAUACUUCGCUCAUUAGAUGAAAAAUUUAAUUUCAUCGUUGUAGCUAUUGAAGAAUCAAAGGAUUUGAGUACAAUGUCCAUUGAUCAACUUAUGGGUUCUUUACAAGCCCAUGAAGAGAAGCUUCUUAAGAAGAACAAGCAGAUGACUGAGCAACUUUUUCAGUCAAAGUUGAAAUUAAAAGACAAGGAAGGCAACCUAGAAAAAGGAAAUCGAGGUCGAGGACGUGGUGGUAAUCGUGGACGUGGUGAUUUCAAAGAUCGAGGUCAAGGAAGCUACGGUCAAAGAACAUUUGAUGAGAGUAAUUCAAACUCAAAUUCAUCAAGAGGUAGAGGAAGACAACAUUAUUCGAGGUCAAGUUGGGAAAGAUCAAAUAAUGACAGGAGAUAUGACAAAAGACAGAUUGAAUGUUAUAAUUGUCAUAAAUUCGGCCAUUAUUCUUGGGAAUGCAGAAAUAGAGUUGAAGAAAAUGCAAAUUAUGCUGAGAAAGAUGAAGAAAGCGGUGAUUCCUCAUUGUUUCUAGCAUGCAAAGGUGUGGAAACAUGUGAAAACAGUGCAUGGUAUCUCGAUAGUGGUGCAAGCAAUCACAUGUGUUGA